GUAAAAAUCCCAUUCUUUUAUCAAUACAACUACAUGUUAGAUAAUUGUUUGACAAUUUGUAUGACCAAAAGUUAUUUGAUGACAGAAUAUUAUUAUUUUUAAAAUAAAUAAUUAUAAUAAUUGUCUAUGUAACCCUAGGUUAAAACAAAAAAAAGCUUUCAGACUUCGGAUUACAGAUAAAGUGUUUUUUUAAAUACGGAACAGAGAUAAAAAUCAUAUAAUGAAUUCAGAUGGAAGUCUGCUUACUACCGUAACUGAAUCUACAUUUCAGUAUAAAAUAAAUAAUGUUUCAAAAAUGAGAAGCUCUGUUGCAUCGUCACCAGUCAUUGUUCAGAGCUUGCCCUGGAAUAUUCUAGUGAGACCUAUUUACGAUUUACAAAUCGGUAAACAACCUCUUGGAUUUUUUAUUACAUGCGAUGGUAAUGGUGACAAGGAUUGGACUUGUCAAGCUGACGUUGAAUUUUGUUUGUAUCAUUCUAAGAAGAACCGAAAGCCAUUUUCACGAAAAUUUUCACAUAUUUUUUGUGCUGGAGACAACAUGAAGGGGUUCGAAAAUUUUCUACUUUGGCAAGAAGUCAUCGAAGAUUCUAAUGGGUACCUCAAGGAUGGCUCGAUAACUUUCGAGGUUUGUAUAAUGCCAGAACUGCCUAAAGAUAGUCAAAAAGCAGAUUUUUCCAUAACUGAAGUUGUCUCUCGACAUACACUUAAAAAUGUGUUAAGUAUCAAGGAAUCUUUAACGCUAGGGCCAUUUACAGCUUGUAAUUUACCUUGGAAAAUAAUAGUAAAGCCACCAUCAAGAAAGCUACCAGAAAAUCCCCAUAGUCUCGGGCUAUACUUGCAAUGCAACAAAGAAGUUCUUUCAGAUUCUUGGGUGUGUAACGCUCUUGUAGAAUUACGUCUACUUCCUCAAAAAAAGAAUCAAACAAAAUUAUAUCGAAUACAACAGCAUCGAUUUUCCGGUAGAAACAACACAUCAGGAAUUGACGAUUUAAUUCUGUGGAAAGAUUUAGUCAAUAAAGAUAAGGGUUUUAUCGAAAGUGAUUCAAUUACUGUUGAGGCGUACGUUACUCCUGAUAAAUUUGAUUCGCAAGCCUACUUGAAUGUCCAACAAGCGACAUUUUGGUAUAGUUUUGAAAACGUAUCAAAAGUAACCGUACCUCGAUUGUCGACUUCUUGUAUGAUAAGAAAUUUGUCAUGGAGAAUAAAGAUUUUACCAAAUAAAAUUAAGGAAGGAUUAUUAGUAUCUUCAUUGGGAUGUUAUCUGUAUUGUUGUGAAGGAUAUAAGACGAACAAGUCUUGGAAAUGUAAUGCAAUUGCAGAAAUUCGUCUAAUUCCAUGCAAAGAUAAUCAAAAGCCCUACAUUAGAAAAUUACUACCGCAUCAUUACGAUGCUCAACAUAAUAAUUGGGGAUUCGAUAGUUUUAUUCCGUGGAAAGAUUUGUUGAAUCCAGAUAAGGGUUAUAUUAAAAACGACUGUAUUACUCUUGAAGCUUGCGUCAAAAUCUUAGAUGAACCUUCUGAAACUAUCGUUAUACCAUGACACCAAAUUAUGAAAAUCCAUAAAAUAAUAUUUAUUUAAAUAAUCAAGACCAAAAAUACUUAUUGAGAUCGUUAAUUAAUGAUCAAGUACAUAGUAUAUAAAAAAAAUAUAUAUGUUAUAAGAUUGAUAUAUAUUACUAUUAAUAACUAAAGAAAAAUAUGGACAGUCUAAAAUCCUAUUAUCAUUGUAUGUUAAAUUUUAAUGAUGUUAUCAAAUAAAUAUAAAUCCAUAUUUUUAAUUUUAGCUCACAUUGAAGGCCGGUACGCAGAGAAAAAAAAUG